AUUCCUGAAGCUGAAAUGCGGAUCAGGGUUUUGUUUCCGGCCGGAUGAGAUGAACGGCGGGACUUACGGUCGGGAACGAUUGUGGGCGCAGCGGUUCCUCCGCCGGACGGACUUGAAGACGGGACGGUGCGCAAGAUGGCGGCGGUGGCCGCCGCCAGGGCGUUGGGAGCCGUGUUGGCCUCGGACGGCGAGGAGGCGUCCUGGAAAGAUGAGGAGAUGUGCGUGGUGGGGAUAUUCGGCAAGACCUCGGAUCUGAGCGCGCAGAAACAUGCUAUUAUCAACACCCUGUGCGACAAGCCGGUCUUCCCCCUCUACCCGGGGCUGCCCGGCGGCCAUCAUCAGGGCAACAACUUGCUGCAGUGCUACUACAACCAGGAUAGCAAAGUCCUCUACCUGCUCCUCACCGCCGUUUGUGACCACCAGCAGCUGCUGCAGGCCUGCAGGGCCCUGGCCGACGAGGUUUCCCACGCCGAGGCCCAUGAGUUCUGGAAAGGCGAGGAAAAGCUCCACUGUAUCCAUCUGCUCUACCUUUUCUCUGUCUCCCACAUCCUCCUCCUGGUCCACCCCACCUGCUCCUUCGACAUCACUUACGACCGUCUUUUUAGAGCUUUAGAUACCCUCAGGCAAAAGGUCCUUCCCUACCUGAAGAACGCGAUUAAGGAUUGCCCGGUGGGGAAGGAGUGGAGAUUGAACUGUAGACCCUGCCCCCCGAGACUUCUCUUUAUUUUCCAGCUCAACGGGGCGUUAAAGGUUGAGCCGAAGGGUCUCGAUCCCUCGAACCUGGAUAAGCCCAAGAAGCAUUCCCCAAAGAGGAGACUCCAGCAUGCCCUGGAGGAUCAGAUUUACAGAAUUUUCAGGAAGAGCAGGGUCCUGACCAACCAGAGCAUUAACUGUCUGUUCACUGUUCCUGCCAACCAGGCAUUUGUUUAUGUGCUGGCUGGGCAGGAGGAUGACCCGAUCAGUAUGUUGAUUGGGCAGCUGAAAAGCACUUGUGCCAUCAGGGAGCAGGAGUCCCUCCCUCUGCCUGGGUCACGACGCUAUCAGAUGCUGAGGCAUGUCCGCCAGCCAUCCUUCGUACUGGAAAGCAGCCUCAACAGUUCCAGUGGGCAGCUGGUGGACUGCACCCUGAAAGAAUUCCUAUGGCAACAUGUCGAGCUGGUUCUGACUAAAAAAGGAUUUGAGGAUAGUGUAGGGAGGAAUCCACAGCCAUCACACUUUGAACUUCCUGCUUAUAAAAAUUGGUUAAUAGUGGCUUCAAAACUCUAUGAUGUCAUGCUAAGCGGUAAGGAAGAAGAACUUGGAUUUCUUACUGGGGAUCUGUCCUGCAAGAUACAGGGUCAGUUAAAAGGACUUGAAGGGUUCUUGGAUGCAGAUAAUAAGUUUUCAGAAAAUCGUUGCCAAAAGGCCCUGCCUCUGGCACAUAGUGCCUACCAGUCAAAUCUACCUCACCAUUACACCACGACUGUCCAUAAAAACCAGUUAGCACAGGCCCUGCGUGUCUACAGCCAGCAUGCCCGUGGGCCAGCCUUCCAGAAGUAUGCCAUGCAGCUGCAUGAAGACUGCUACAAGUUUUGGAGUAACGGGCACCAGUUAUGCGAAGAGAGAAGCUUAACAGAUCAACACUGUGUUCAUAAAUUCCAUCUACUGCCUAAACCAGGAGAAAAACCAGAACCUGACAGGAACCCGCCUGUGCUGUAUCACAACAGCCGUGCUCGCUCCACCAGCUCCUGCAACUGCGGCCGCAGGCAAGCCCCUCGAGAUGAUCCCUUCGACAUCAAGGCGGGCAAUUACGAUUUCUAUCAGCUUCAAGAGGAGAAAUGCUGUGGGAAGCUCGAGCACUUCUACUUUCCUGUCUUUCAACCCAGCACUCCCGACCCAGCCCCAGCAAAAAAUGAAUCAAGUAUAUCAUCACUGCCCCCACAAGAGGGUGAAGGAGAGAAAAUGAAAGAAAAAGAGGCUCAGACCCAAGGAGAGAGCACGAGUCUCAGUCUAGCACUCAGUCUUGGACAAUCUACUGACAGUCUAGGUACAUUUCCCCCUGACCCCCAUGCAGGGGGAGACAAUCCAGAUGCACAUGGCCAAGGAGGGGAAGCUAAAGCAGAAAAGAGACCCAGUCUUGUGGAUCGCCAGGUAUCCACAGUGGAAUAUCUGCCUGGCAUGUUAAAUUCCAGCUGUCCAAAGGGACUUUUGCCUAAAUUUUCAAGUUGGUCCUUCGUCAAGCUGGGGCCUUCCAAAGCUUACAACUUUCACAGGGGCCUGGACCAGAGUGGCUUCAUUCCUGGAACGAAUUACCUGAUGCCUUGGGACAUAGUCAUCAAGACCAGGUCAGAGGAUGAAGUUGACAUGGACAAUAAUUCCUGGCCUGCUCCCAACAAAUCUGUGCCAACCAAACGGGCUGGCACUGUGAUUGGCCGAGGCAGGCGGAGGGAUGACAUCGCACGGGCGUUUGUUGGCUUUGAAUAUGAGGAUUCUCGGGGUCGCAGAUUCAUGUGCUCAGGGCCAGAAAAGAUUAUGAAGGUAAUGGGGAGUGGGCCAAAAGAGUCUGCCAUCAAAGCCCUCUCCUCUGACAUGCCCUUGUACAUCCUGUCUCCAUCUCAAGGCCGAGGCCUUAAGCCGCACUAUGCCCAGCUCAUGAGGCUUUUCAUUGUGGCUCCUGAUGCCCCGUUACAGAUUGUACUCACACCACAGGUUCAGCCUGGACCCCCACCCUGUCCUGUCUUUUACCCCGAGAAGCAGGAAAUACCUGUUCCACCGGAUGGACUCUGGGUUCUUCGUUUCCCUUAUGCAUACGUCACAGAUCGUGGACCCUGCUUCCCCCCGAAAGAGAACCAGCCAUUGAUGAGUUACCGGGUGCUACGGGGGAUCCUUAAGGCUAUCCCACAGUGAAGAUGCUUUCCUGGUUACGUGAAGCCUUUUUGAAAAAAGAAGAGUUCUUGUUUCCCCCCCCCAUCUCUUGUCUUUGCAGAAAGGUGGGAAGGAUCAUAUGUUGGCAUGGCCCAAGCCACAGCUUAGGGUUGAACCCGAAAGUCCUCAGUGAUGUGAAUCCUCCUGUCACCUGAACAGGCCAGGAGUGCAUCCAGAAUCAUUCAACAAAAAGCAGAUGUACCUUUCUCUGACUGAAAGGGUUAAGGACUCCAAGCCCAUGAGAAUUUCCUAUUACAGUAUUUCUCUCACUGUGUAUAUUCUGGUAAAAUGAAAUGCAAUCUGUCUUGGUCAAACUUUCCCCUGGAGUAUGUGAACAAACAUCAUCAGCACUUUGUUUUUCUAGGAAAGUGUCUUGUUCCUGUCAUAUGACAUAAACCAUGAGCCCAGUUGUGACUGUCAGUGGUUGAUGAUGCAGCAAUUGGUUUGGUGUCAGAUGUAAAGGGAUAGCUUAUUGAUUUUCAUCAAAGGCCAUAGUUUUGAUUAAGGAUCCUAAUGUAUAUAUACUGCUACUGAAAAACCUUAGCCAAAUCCUGACUGCACUGCAAAACCUCCAGUGACAGCUUCCCAUUAUUGAUUGGUCUCUUGAUUACAUUUACCUGGGUCUAUAAAAGUGGGUUUGGAUAGCAGUGAAUACUCAAAUUUUUGUCCAGCAUCCUCUUGAAAUUCAUCGUGGUGUGCUGCAAGUUACGAAAAAAUGUUUUGUCAGCUCACUGGCUCCUGCAGUCUGACCUGAUGCACCCUAACUGGCAAGUUGUGCUGAAUAGGGAAGAGUUAACUGUUGUUAUGGUUUUGCAUUGGGUUUGCUCAGAAUGGUAAAUUGUAUUUGAAUGUUUACACUAUAAUAGCUUUUAAUUAAAUAGUCCAGCGACAAACAAAUGUCCCUUGAGGCUUUUGAGUACCUUUUGCUUUUCAGCUGUUGCUGGGUAAGUUUGCUAAAUUAAUGGUGAGACUUUUUAUAAAAAAACAAAUAAUUAAACUAUCUUGCUGGCUGAUUGGUGUGCCCUCCAAUGCAAUGCUAAAUCAGACACAGCAAGUGGUUCCAGGUUUAAUGUCCUGAUCUUAUCUGACUUGGAAUUUCAGCCAACUCAGUGUUGGAGGACUAGGAUGGGAAGUUGACUCUUUCUGACUCUCUAGUAACUGUGUUAGAAGGUGUCUAGCCCAGCUAUAAUUUGGCUUGGUUAUAGUGUCCCCAUGGGCAAAUAACCUCACUGUCUGACUUGACAUGAAGAAUGGCUACUUAAGUGAGAUUCGGAGAGCUUUGGCCUCAUGUGGAGGAGUAUCCCAGCAGCAGCUUCAGAAAGGAAGGGAUAAAAUUGGGUGAAGAAAAUGGCAAUGGAUUUUGUCCCAGCAGAGAGCUAAUGGAAAUUCCUAAAAAUUAACUUUCUGCUUCAUAAACAGUUGUAUGAAGUGUUUGAAUAUCUCUAGGCAGAAUUCCUCAGGAUGACUGUGGGUCCAACAGCAUCUAUCAGUUCUCCCUGAUACAGCAGUAACAUAUAACUUCUACAAAACAAUGGCUCAAAGUGCUUGAGCAGGGCUUUUGAUGUGUGAAAUUAAUCGGAGUUCAGAUCAAGUGGGAAGCAUUUAGGCGCUGAAAUCAGUCACAACCAAGUCACUGACACCAAUGCAAAUUUGUUGUCAAUGAAUGGUGAUCAGCCAUCAGAGUGACAGCUUCCAUUGGAUCCAUGGAUCCAGAUCAGUUUCACAAGCCCUACUGUGGUGGGCUGAUCCUUGAGUUGAUGAUAAAGUGGCCAGUUUACUGUCAUAUCAAUUGUGCCACUCCAUUCACACCCUGAGAAGUGUGGUGCCAGUCUAACCAUCAAGUCUGUCAGCAGUGUUUUGUGAUGAGUUUUUCUUUCUCUUACUAUCAAAAGGUCUUUGGCAGUCUGAUUUUUGGAGUGAGACUUAUCCUUGAGAAUAUGGUGGAGCAUUUGGUCUGAUCACUUACUUUUGUGGCCUAAACCUGGAGGUGGUUGUGCGGAAGGAAGUUGAUCAGUUGGGAGUCUGAGGAGGUGGUGGUGGGGAGUGGGGUUGCUGAGUUUUAUGGGAGUGUUAAGUGCAGUCUAAGAUAAUUUUAGAUGUGUGAUAUUCUUGAUGAAGAUUUAAUGUUGACACAACCUCUUAAUAGAUGUAAAGUAUGCCUCACGGCUUAAGAUACCAAUUCUCACUUUGCAAAUCCCAAAUUAAAAUAUAAUUGCAAAAAUCUGUAACUUCAGUGUCUUUUUACUUUAUGUAAUAUCUGUUUUUCAUCCAGCUGAAUGUGAUGUUCCAACUGCUGAAACCUUUCAAAAGAGAUUGAAUUAAGUCUUUGUUUUCUUUUUGUUCAUGGGAAGUGGCCAUCUCUAACAAGGCCAGUGUUUAUUGCCCAUCCCUGGUCGCCCUUGAGAAGGUGAUACUGAGUUGCCUUCUUGGAGUGUAGGCACACUCAAUGUUGUCAGGGAGGGAGAUCCAGGAUUUUGAUACAGUGAGAGUAAAGGAACGACAAUAUAAUUCCAAAUCAGGAUGGCUUGAAUAGGAGCCUAACUCUGGGUCACUGGUGCUGUUGUGCAGUGCAGAGCACAAUAUCAGAACUUGGAAUUGCGUCAUUAGAAAUGUACAAUAUCAGAGAAACCUAUGUUUGUUGUCUGAUGCUGCUAACCUUGUGUGGACUAGCACUGGUGAAUCUUGAAAAGUUUGUGAAUAUAAUCCAAAAUACAGAAUGCAAUAUUGUGUUUCUUUAUUUGAUAUAGUUUUAAUUAAGUGGAUUGGCUACUUAAUCAUCCAUAAUAUUCUGUCUGCUUUUCUCAGCUCAUCUGUGAAAUUUUCCUUUAUGUCUUUAUUCUAAACAUAGGACGCUGAUAAUCCUGAGGUGACUUGAUAGGGGAGGAUUUUUCCUUCUACGAGGGGGGUGUCUAGAAUAAGGGAACAGUGUUUAAAAAUUUUUUUUUAACCCUAUGAUCUAUAUGUCCUUGCUUACUAUGAUCUGCCUGUACUGCGCGUAAACAAAGCUUUUCACUGUACUUAGGUACAAGUGACAAUAAAUCAAAUCAAGAAAAAGGGAUCUUCCAUCGAAGACUUGGAUGAGGAGAAAUAUUGUCUUUCAUUGGGUUGUCAGUCUGUGUAAUUCUCUUUCCCCAUGGGACAAUAUAGACUGGAUAAUUGAAUUUAUUCAAGGAAAAGUUAAAUGGACUUUUGAUAGACAAGGAAGCAAGAAUUUUUAGGGAGUUGGGUUGUGCUGCCAGUUAAGUGGAGUAGAGAUAACAAUUAGAAAAAUUGAUCUUAUCGAAUGGCAGAGUAGAUUCCAAAGGCCAAAUGGUAUAAUCCUUGUUCUAGGUCUCGUGUUCCUAUUCCAAUGUUCUCCUGGUCUGUCUCCCAUUUUCUCCUUUUGAUAAAUUUCAUCUCAUCUGUUUGUAUCCUAACUCUCGUGUGUCAUUUCUGACAUUUGAUCCUGAUCUGGGAAGAAACCUCAAGUUUUAAAGUUGUCAACCUUGUUCUUAAAUGCUUGCAUGACCUCAUCCCUCUUUUAUUUCUGUAAAGAUCUCCUACAGGGAAUCAGUGGCCUAAUGGUGACAUCACCAGUAAUCCAGAGGCCUUUUUUUAAUGCUAUCAGGACUCUGGAAUUUAAAUUAAAUCAACAAAUCUGGAAUUGUAUGCUAGUCACAAUAAUGGCAACCAUGGAAAUAUUGCCUUUUUUUUAAAAAAAAAAAGAAGCAUCUAGUUAACUUACACAUAUGAAGGGAAGGAAAUCUGCCAUUCCUAUUUGGUAUUGCCUAGAUGUGACUCCAGACCCACAGCAAGGUGGUGGAUUCCUAACUGUCCUCUGAAAAUGGCUUAGCAAGCCACUCAAGAGUCAUUAACAUUGGGCAACAAAUGUUAACCUUGUCUGUGAGACCCACAUCCCAUGAACUACGCUACGUGAACUAUGUGUUUCUGUCUUCCUUGCCUCUUGCAUGUCACUGAGUUCUGUUGGCCCACUAUUGGUUGAGGGCUGUACCUUCAGCAAACGAGAGGCUCAGUUGGAGGAUUCCUUCCCUAAACCUCACUUAUCAUUUUUUUGCAAAACUCCUUAAAACUCUUUGAUCAGGUGUUUGAUCAUCUGUCUGACUCACUCUUCUUGUUGAAUUGUAUUUCUUUGAUACUUUUUACGAAGUUAAAAGUAUUUUAUAAAUGUAAAUUGUUUUAAUUGUGACUAUUGAAAAGCAUCUCAUUCAUUUGCUAUUCCUGUACAUUGCAGUGCAGUAUUUUGGAGAGUU